AUGGAUGAAGGUCUACUCAAUGACCUUUUGGAGUGUUCUGUGUGCUUGGAGCGAUUAGACACAUCAUCGCGUGUACUGCCCUGCCAGCACACCUUCUGUUUAAAAUGUUUAAAGGUGAUAGUCGAAUCUCACAAGGAACUACGAUGCCCCGAGUGCCGCGUCCUGGUGGAGGCGAAGGUGGAGGAGUUGCCUCCGAACGUGCUUCUUAUGAGGAUCCUGGAGGGCAUGAAGAACUCCGCACCGAGGAAAGUCACCACGCAGAGGGUCAGAACUGCGCAUACGCAGGGCCAAAGUCAGACGCAGCCGUCUCGUGCAGAUAAGCAAGUACCUCCACACGGAAGAGCCAUGCACGAUUAUGUUUCUAAGGAGCCUGGUGAUCUACAAUUCAAGAAGGGUGAAACCAUUCUAUUGCAUAAGAAGUUAGAUCCAUUCUGGUAUCAUGGCGAGUGUUCCGGACGUAGCGGCAUGUUUCCGAUCGCGUAUGUGCAGGUGAUAGUACCAAUACCCACCGCUCCAGCUUUGUGCAAAGCGCUCUACGACUUUCGAAUGUCUGCCCCCGAUGAAGAAGGAUGCCUGGCGUUUGAUAAAGGUGCAAUAAUAACAGUCCACCGACGCGUCGACGAGAACUGGGCUGAGGGUAGACUGGAACAGCGCGUCGGCAUCUUUCCCAUCGCCUUCGUUGAGCUCAACCAAGCAGCAACGCAGGUUAUGAACAGCACUCCGAUAAACCGUCUCGUGCCACCGAUACCGGAGCAUGCAAGGGCAGGGCAUUCGGACCACAGGCAUACACAGCAUCCACAUCGAUAUCAACAAAUGUCCAUCUCCACGCCCACACCCGCGCCAAGCAACUAUCAAAAUAUGCCCAACAUGAGCCAAUCCCAGCCAACGUUCCACGCCAAUACUCAAAUACAGCCCGCACAAGUAUUGGCCCCAACGUCCACUCAACACGUCUCUUCACCAAGAAUAAUGGAGCCAACUCAAACUAAAUACCUCCUGGACAUCAUUCACUUCACAAACGCACCCAAAUCUAUGGGAGUGCAAAGCGUGUCGCGCAUCAAUGACAACUACGACAGAGUGAGAACAAAAUUCGACAAUUACUCGACGAAACUCGACACAACAUAUCAGAAUGUUCGCACCGAACACUUUCCGGUCACAGGGUUCAAUUCCAACUUGAGUUCGGACUCUAGUUCAAGCAUGAACACUCCUUGUUCCACCACGACGCCUAACACCAGUUCUAACACCAGCACUUGCGAGAGUGCUGAACCCAGCCUUCCGAGUUCACCAGAUAACAAUACAGAGAGGAACACGACGGUUAUAGCUCAAGAGGAGAGUCAGGAACGGGCACAAGAAAGACCAGAGCAAGAUUUGAAUACAUCUAUGGGCGUGCUUAGUUUGAACGAGAGCUCGACUGCAACGAACACAUCUUUGAACGUCAGUCUACCGUCAGAGACAUCUCAAGCCGAAACUCAAGAAUUGACUGAACCAACGAGUCUGCCCUGCACGUCCAAAAGUGUAAGGUCUAGUGGACCGGAGCGAAGUGCCGUGGAGAUUCGGUCCAGCGGACCGGAUUCCCUGCUGAACUUUGGUCUAGGAUUACAAGCGGCUCUGUCACCGUCUCAUAGUAAAGACAAUAACUAUAUGUCGAGGGCGUUCAGAGAGCACCAUCAUAGAGAGAAGCGACACAGUUUGACGCCGUCUACUCACCUGCAGGGUAGUCAUAAUCAAAAUAGGCAUUCAGCAGAAAUUCUAGCGACCUCGCUCCUCGAUCAUACACCAGAGAGAGACCGCGAUAUUCGACCAGACCGUGAGCGAGAAAGAGAGAGAAGACGUCGCCGAUCUCGUAGUAAUGAACGCCCUCUACCGGCGGCUUACGUCGCGUUAUAUCCGUACAAGCCGCAGAAACCUGACGAGUUGGAAUUAAAAAAAGGAGGCGUGUACACUGUACGAGAGAGAUGUCGUGACGGAUGGUACAAGGGUUGGUGCGAGCGACUCCAACGAGCGGGAGUGUUUCCCGGAAAUUACGUGGCCCCUCUGACUCCAGGUGUUACACGCGUUAAACACGAAAAGAAUGCAUCAAGCACAAGUGCCAAGACGUCUACGCAAACCAGUACCUCCACUGUGACCAGCGCUACCACUUCCACAGUGACGUCAUCGAGCGGUGCUACUAGUAAUACCCUGGCACCACCCGACGCACCGCCUAGGGCCAACAGUCCGUUAUCAAUUACCAUUGCUGCCACGCCCUUGUCUAACCUUUGGCUCCAGUCCAAUCAAGGCACACCUCGAGCAGAAAAGUCUAAGGAAAAGCAGAAAGUGGAGAAGUCCUCAAUAUCGACUGGGGUCAGUCUCAUGAAGCGACUGGCCGCCAUGAAGAAGUGUAAGUCGCCACCGCCAGUCGGCUACAGCAUGGACAACCCAGUGUUCGACGACUCGCCCAACACCUCGAUACUCUACACUCAGCACCCUGUUCAUGUGCGGUCGGGUUCUUGCCCGUCACAGUUGCUACGCACGUUGCCCGCCCACAGCUCAACCAGCCAAUCGGCAAGUGGGCACGCCCCCUCCCCAUCCGGGCACAAUGCCACGAGACACAAGGAACGUGCGCAUGAGCAUCGCAUGCCCAGUAGGGGCAGCAGCGAAGGUCCGUGGCAGAGUCAGCAUCGCAAAUCACAAAGCUUAGACGUUACGGCUGCUCGGCGCGACAGACACCACUCACAACCUGUUAAAGAAAGAUUCCGAUGUAUAGUUCCGUACCCACCGAACUCCGAAUACGAAUUGGAACUCAAAGUGGACGAUAUUGUGCUGGUCUGCAAGAAACGCGGCGACGGCUGGUACAAGGGCACGCUGCAGCGAACCGGCCGAACCGGUCUCUUCCCCGCCUCAUUUGUCCAAAGCUGCCCCCCCGAAUGA